GCGACAUGUAUCAAUCAGAUUCUAUUCCUAGUUUGCCUUCAGCCUACAAUGAUGCAAUUUCUCUUGAUCGGCAAUUAGAAUUGAACGGCAACGCCAUGGACACAAUUCGCUCCGUGAAAAGUCCUGCUAAUCCGAGCUUGGCUUCAAGGCAGCGUUUAAGAUGGACGCAUGAACUUCAUGAGCGUUUUGUGGAUUCUGUGGCACAACUUGGUGGACCAGACAGAGCCACUCCUAAAGGUGUUCUUAGAGUAAUGGGCGUGCCGGGAUUGACCAUAUACCAUGUGAAGAGCCACCUGCAGAAAUACCGAUUGGCCAGAUACGUGCCCGAUUCUUCGACAGAUGGCUCGAAGGCUGAAAAGAAAGAACCCGGUGAGCUGAGUUCUAGCAGGGGCAACUCUUC